CGUCAGGUCUCAAUAGAGCCUGAACCUUGUAACCGAGGGGUGGAAUGAAGUUUGCAGGCAAACUUUGACAAGAGACGCAAAUUUGGGGAUCUGGACAAGUGCACUGGACUUAGUUACUGUUACACUGGAACUAUGAAAAGUUUAAAACAACGGCUUAAGAAAAACGAGAGCACAGAAUGGGGAAAGUAUGAUGAGCGUCUGAUGAAGGCAACAGAGAAUGGAGAUAUAGAGAAACUCACAGCCACACUCAAGAAAGGAACCAGCCCCACCAAACUAGACCCAGAGGGCCAUUCUGCGUUUCAUGUUGCUGCUAGCAAAGGCCUCUUAAAUAGUCUAAAUGUUUUCCUGGAUAACGGUGUCAGUGUGAAGGCUGUUGAUGCUGCCGGUAAAACAGCUUUGCAUCUGGCUGCAGCAGGCACUCAUUCCAUGUGUGUGCAAAAGCUACUGCAGUGUAAAUGUCCUGUUGACAGCACAGACCUGCAGGGUCGAACAGCUUUGCAUGAUGCAGCAUAUGUAGGCUGCAAAACCGCCAUCAAAAUGCUCUGUGACAGCGGUGCAUCUAUUGAUGCUGUCGAUGCAGAUGGUAGAUCGCCCUUAUUGCUUGCUGCUAAGAUGAGCCAACCAGGAGCAUGCCAGAUGCUUGUGCAAAAUGGAGCACGCUCUGUUCUUCGAGACAAGCAAAACAAGACUGCGCUAAUCUUAGCUUGCGAGAGCUCUUGUAAAGAAGCAGUGGAUAUUCUCCUGAAGACUAAGGCAGAUGUUUCUGCAGUAGACCUUUAUGGCCAUGAUGCUUACCACUACGCCAGACUAAGUCAGAAACAAGACUUGAUCACACUUUUACAACAUGCCUGGGAAAAAAACUCUAAAGCUAAAGAAACUGCCACUGUUUCACAGAAGAUCCAACAGGCUAAAUCCCCAUCAGCAGGGAUUGGCCGGACCAAAGCAGGAUCGGUAAAGACUGAGAAACCUUUGUCAGAGCCACUAACAAGGGAACAUGGCAGUCACUCUGCUGAAGGAAAAGGUGCCAAACAAAGUCAGAAUCUGGAUUCUACACAGGUCAGGCCCACACAGUCAGCUCCUGUGCCAGUGAAAUCUGCUCCAAUGGAGUUAUUGCCUGGUGAAGUGGAGGCCCUUAAGAGAGAACUAAGAGAUUCAAGAAGAAGGCAAGAAGCAGCAGAGGCGGAGGUGCACAGGCUGGACACGGCACUGGCUCUGCGUGCUCAGGAGUAUGAAGGACUGAGGAGAAGCAGCGAGCAAGCUCUGCAUGCAGCCCAUAACCGGUCGUGGGAGCUGGAGGAGGCCCUCGGUGAGGUGCAGAGGAGGAUGGCCGGCUCGGAAACCCGAGUGAGACAGAUGCAAGCUCAUCUAGUGGCUGUCAGGGAGCACUUGGUGGAAGAGCUGAGAGUCCAGCUCCAAGAGGUCAAAGGUCAGCGGGAGGCAGCCGUAGCCAAACUAGGGAGGAUGCAGAAGGAGCUCAGCCAGAGCAGGAGGGAGGUGGAGCAGCAGAAGGAGAACCAGAGCUCCUUAAUGCAGGAACUUAGUCGGAUUUCCCAUGAGCUUCUCAGCAGAGAAGAGCAAAUAAACACACUGAGGACCCGGUUAGUGGAAGUGGAGACACAGCAAGCUGAGAUGUUGUGUAAAGAAGCUCAAACCCCAUCAGAAUGGUGCCCCACUCAUGAGAAGAGCACCAUGACUGACUUCACCACAGAAACCCCUAAACCAACUAUAGAUCUGGAGAACUACAUUAGCAAGAAUGAGCACACAGUCAUAACUAGCUCACUGAAAGAUGCACUGCAACAGGCUGAAACCAAAGCUGACGAGACUCUACAGAAGUACCAGAGUGUCCAGGAGGAGAACCAGAGCCUGCUGAGAGAACUUCAUGAACAAAAGACUGAGCUGGACACCAUACAGGAUGCUCUGCAGACCAAGUUUGUUCCUGUUGCCUUAGUGAAGGAAAAAGAGAAAGAGGGGGAGCGACUCAAACUGGCCCUUGAAGAGAUGGAGAAGCAACAAAACCAGGCACGUGUGAACAUCUCAAACAUAAAGGAUGAGGGUGUUCAGACAGAAGAACACAGGCAGCCAUGCACAAGUGAAGUACAGCAUAACCAAGUAUCUUCUUCUACAGGGAGUGACAGAACAAAAUGUGAAGUCACUAGAAGUGAAGUGAAAAAUGCGCAGCCAACUGAAAUAGAAAGCAAAAGUAGCACAACUGAAGACCAGGGGAGCACAUCGCAAGAUCAAGUUGAAAAGUCAUCAGUGGAGCGUGAGGGACAGAGGUUGGCUCAGGUCAACAUAUCAGAACCCAUCAGCUCCUGUGGACCAUCACAGCCUGACAGCUCCCUCCAGGCUCAGGUCCACAGCCUGCAACAGCAGCUAGAGGACUGUGAAAAACAUUACAGACAUGUGCUUUCAAUUUACCGAACACGAUUGCUCAGUGCAGCACAGGGUUACAUGGAUGAAGAGGCCAGAGUGGCUCUGCUUCAGAUUGCCAAAAUGAGAGAGGAGUGUGUGUGUUGAGCAUUCAGUGUGCUGCUGUUGCUGAAUGUGUGUGUGUGUUUGUGUGUGUAUACGCUACUGCUAAAAGGCAUGUGGUCUUAUAAGAUUUUUUAAUUGUCUUUGAAAGAAGUCAUUCUCAC